ACACAAGUUCUUAGACUAUAGUCAGCUACAUACAAACAAACAUAACCACAUAGAAAAGAUAUUUAUUUCAGUCUAGACAUCAUUUUAAACCAGAAAAGAAAUGGCAACAAUAGAUUCAAGUACAAAGGAAAGCGAGAAGCAAUGCCUCCUCUGCUGUCAAGAAAUCGACAUCUUUGCCCUUGGAAAAUGUGACCAUCCAGUAUGCUAUCGUUGUUCCACUAAAAUGAGGGUGUAUUGCGAUCAAAAGUACUGUGCACUGUGCCGAGAGGAUCUAGAUAAGGUGGUAUUUGUGAAGAAACUCCAAGAUUUCGCAUCUGUACCCUAUCAGAGGUUCCCAUGUGAUCAAAAUCAUGGCAUAUAUUUUAAGGAUGAGAGAGUCUUUGCACAGUACAAGCGUCUUUUGCUGCCACAGUGCAUUCACUGUCCAGAGCCAAAAGUCUUCUCAACAUUUGAAGAACUGGAGCGUCAUAUGAGGAAGCAGCAUAAACGUUUUUGUUGCAGGCUCUGCUCAAAACAUCUCAAGAUGUUCUCCUAUGAGCGCAAAUGGUACACCCAAAAACAACUGGCCUGUCAUCAAACUCAUGGAGAACCUAAUGACACAAGUCACAGAGGACACCCACUUUGCAAGUUCUGUUAUGUACGAUAUCUAGACAAUGACGAACUGUUUAAACACCUGCGCAAAGAUCACUUCUUCUGUCAUUUUUGUGAUGCUGAUGGAUCACAAGAAUAUUACUGUGACUACCAGAAGCUGAGUGAGCACUUCAGACAGAGUCACUAUCUGUGUGAGGAGGGCCAGUGUGCUACGGAGAAGUUCACUCAUGCUUUCCGUACAGAGAUUGAUUUUAAAGGUCAUAAGGCUGCAGUGCACAGUAAGAACCGCCAGGUCAACCUGGAGUUCAACUUACCCCCAAGACCUCACAGACGAAAUGACCGUCAAGCAGCCAGAAAGGGGUCAUCAGCAGUGAGCGGUCAGAGAGGGGCCAUGAAAGACAAAAGAGCUUCAAAGGUGGAGGAGAGAGCAGAGAGAGCUUAUCCAGGGGAACAGCCAUCUGUGUCAGACCCUGUUAACCCUACAGCCAACAUGCCCCCACUAAAAACCAUGGCAAGCAGAAAUCCUGAAGAUGAGUUCAUCGGUUUGGGAGCCACUGUAGCAUCCCCGACACCACAAGACACUCAUGCACACCUUCAAGAAGAAUUCCCAAGUUUGCCUGUGACCAGUGUUUCUACACGCAGGCGUCCAGUGUACUUGGAAAGUGUUUCUACAAGAAGGCUUCCAGCGUACUUUGCUCCACCUAAAAAGACGACGUUUUUCCAGGAAGAGGAUUUCCCUGCUCUUGCUUCUAUGACCCACACCCCUGCUACGACUAAACCUGCUCCCAUCUGCCCAGGUCUUGAGCUUCUCUCUUCCACGAGCAUGCCAUCCUCCGAGAGGAAAAACAAGAUAGGAGAGAGUGGCAAAGCUUCGAUUAAACGGUCUAAUUCAAAAUCAGAUGAUGAGAGUGGAGGCUUGAUCCGGCAGGAGUUUAGGGCAGCGCCCACUUUGUCGGAUAUUGCUUCACUCCUCAAUGGAAAAGGAAGCGGUGAUAUGACAGAGUCCUCUCCUGUGAAAAAACCUCUGAUCAAACCCAGUUUAGCUAAUGGCUAUUCUGAUAAAUCCCCCCUCUCCAAACAAAAGAGUCCAGUCCUGGUCUUGGGGAGUACUGUGCCUGAGUCUUCCUCCUCUAGCAGCCCUUCAUUGACAUCUGGGGGGUACCGUAUCCCAGAAGACUUUGAACAGAGGAAUCUGGACCUCACUUUAUCUAUUAAGAAGUACCUCCUCAACAACGAAUCAAAGUUCAACCAGUUUAAAAACUACUCUGCACAAUUCAGGCAGAAUGUCAUUUCAGCCACACAAUACCACCACAGCUGCAUGGACCUGCUCGGAGAGAACUUGAGCUGCAUCUUCAAUGAACUGCUCGCUCUUCUGCCGGACAUAAACAAGCAGCAGGAGCUACGUACUGCUCAUGUAGACAGCAGAGUGUUGGAGAACCAGACUGAGGGAAGCAAGAGGAAGAACAAAAAGAAGAACAAGAACAAAAAGAAUUCAUGCCAAACUCCUCCCACUAUUUCCAGUGCUGCUAAUGAAUGUGACUACCAGACUUGUCCCACCUGCAGACAGGUGCUAGCUCCCAAAGACUUAAUCUCCCACAAGUCUCUGCACACGAUGGAGAGCAAAGAGCUCCAUUCAUUCCUGUCAAUUAGCCGUCUCAUCUGCUAAGAAAACUGCAGCUUUCUUAAAUUAUCCAAAUGCAUCAGGGCUGGGAUGACUUCGAUUCUGGUGGAAUCCCUCAGAUGACAUUUUAGAUGUGC